GUCAAAAGAUGUGUUGCUCAUUUCUCGGCUUUGGAAUACAAAUAUAAAUUUUUCUAAAUGGUUUGAACGCACCCCAAUUAAUAUAUCAAUUUUGAAAACAUGAUUGCAUUGUAGUGUAAAUCCUAAUUUUUGGAUUUAAUGAUAAGCUUUGAAAAUGUUAUUUUUACCAUAAUAAACUCCAGAUUCUGCAAUGUAUUGGACUAAGUCUUUCUCUUGACAACAAAAUAAGGAAAUAAAACCUUCGGUGUAUGAAUAAAAAUAUAAAGAUUAAAUAUGUUUUCCAAGUCUCUAACUAGUAAGGAUACGUUCCUUGUGCAGACUAAAGCAGCGAGAGAAGAACGAGCAUUAGAAAAAAGGCGCGAGCAAUCUGCAAUUAGAAUCCAAGCUAUAGUGCGAGGUUGGCUCGCCAGACAGAAAUUUGUUAAGCUUAUAAUAAAAGAAUUUGAUGAAUUGCUUCCUGAAUCUACUCCACAUGGAUCACAAGAUGGACCUACACAUCCUCUUGAGCUUAUUCCAGCUCUGGAUAUAUAUAGAAUCACAUGCCGUUUAUUUCUGGUAUUUAAACAACAAAGGGAUAGAAAAAGAUUUGAAAAGCUUUGUAAAUAUAUAGUUCAAAGUUUACAUUCGGAGUCUGUAAAGUUAUCAUAUGUUGGAGUGUUCCUAAACAAAGAGUACAGUCUUCGGUGGAUAGCCCACAUAAAGGACCUUCUUUACAAAUGCUGUUUAUAUCUUGAAGAGUUGAAGCCAGAAUCACCAAUAGAUAUGCAGAGUAUACUUAUCCAUUUGCACACACUUAUAGCUUUUACAGCUACCAAUAAUUGGGCUCUGACAAGGCUUAAAAAUUUUGACAAACUUAGAGGUGGGAUGACACAACUAUGUGCUAACAUUAUGGGGUCAUUAUUCCAUAAAGGUUAUUAUUUAACAUUGAAAUCACUCCUACUUCGCGGUUUGUGCCGUGAAAAAGUAAGCCUUAAGAAUAUCUCAUUAACAGCAAUAGUGACACUGUCUCUGCGGCCACUUGUAUCUGCCCAGUUUUCUGAGAAACUACUCACUAUGUACAUUAUACAGAUUUUGUCUGUGCCUACACUUGUGUUCCACAUGCAACAAAUAUCUCCAGAGUCUAUAUCAGCAUACCGCGCGCAUUCAGUGUUCGACAAAUGCCUGGAGUUUUUGAGCACUGAUCAAAAUAUGCGCAUUGUGUUCAACACCUUAGAAGGAAAUUACGCAUUAUGCUUACUUGCAAACCUGGUGCAGUUGGCACACUUGGAGAGAGAGCAUGCACUGCCUGAGUCCUACUACCCCACUUUUGUGUUAGUGGUGACAAGAUUUUUAGAUUCUUGUCAGCAAUAUGUUGUUUGCAAAAAAGGCAAUCUUAGCAACUGGCAUCCCAUACUUGGCUGGUUUUCCCAAAGCUUUGAUGCUUACUUGCCCCCUACGAUGGGAAACCUACGCAAUCAAUUAUCACUGCUAUGGGGAGCUCCUUUAUUGAAGAAGAUAAUGGCGACACCACUUAAAGAAAUGGUGGAUGCUGGUGUGAGUGGGGAGGAAGGGGCUGGACCUUCACAACCAUCAACUCCCAUUCAAAGUAGUAACCCAGCAGCGUUUAUAAGGAGAGCAAUUGAAGCCAGGACUAACAGAUCUAAUGCAAACAAGAAUUAUAGAAAACUGGGCUCACCUGACUGUACCAAAGCAGCUUUAAUUUGCUCCAUGUACCACACGGCACUGCAAACACUGACGCAAGUUAAAUUGGACAUACUUACAGGUCUGUGCAAUCAAGAUGAAAUUCUAUACACGCUGUGGCAAUUUUUGUGCACAUUGGGUCAAAAUUGCGGCUUAAAGUCAUUCCUUGAUCUUCUAGCUGUAAAUACAAAGACAUCUGCACCGGAAUUCCAAAUGUUGAUACUCUUUGCCGAUUGCAUGACCCAUUACGUUACGAUUUUAGACGAUAUGGAAAUGUACGAGCAACAGGAUCCAUUCAAAUUGCAGGAUUUCAUCGCUAUGUCCCAAUUUUUAAAUAUGUUUGUAUAUAAAACAAUUAUGGGACAGCUGUUCGAUCUGAAGAGCAUCCAGACAAACGAGUUGUUCAGUUCGCUACACACGCUCCUGCUGGUGCUGUACCGGCGCGACUGCCGCCGUAGCUACACACCGCCCAACCACUGGCUCGUGAAGGAGAUUCGAGAGGGACAGUUUAUGGCUGAUCUAGAGAAGGGGAAGAAGCCUCAACAGGUGCUAGUGCAGAAGACCCCGCACAUGAUAGCGCAUGGCGAACGAGUCAGACUGUUCAGGCGAGCGGUUGCCGACGAGAAGGUGGUGCUGGGGCUGACGGAGCGCGCGUGCGUGUCGGGCGCGCGCUCGACGCUGGUGACGGUGCGGCGCGCGCGCCUGGUGGAGGACGGCUACCGGCAGCUGGCUGCGCUGCCCGCGCGCGCGCUCAAGGCUGUCGUACGCGUGCGCUUCGUCAACCAGCAGGGACUUGACGAGGCGGGCAUCGACCAGGACGGCGUGUUUAAAGAGUUCCUAGAGGAGACUAUCAAGCGCGUCUUCGAUCCGUCUCUAAAUCUGUUCCGCGUGACGAGCGAGGAGCGACUGUACCCUUCGCCUACGUCAUGUCUGCAGGAGAACCAUCUGCAGUUGUUCGAGUUUAUUGGCAGGAUGCUGGGUAAAGCUGUCUACGAGGGUAUCGUGGUGGACGUGCCAUUCGCAUCAUUCUUCCUGAGCCAGGUGCUGGGGCAGACGCAGCAGGCGCUGUACAGCUGGAUCGACGAGCUGCCGUCACUGGACCGCGACCUCUACCGCAGCCUCACCUACAUCAAGCAUUUCCAGGGCGACAUCUCUACAUUGGAGUUAACGUUUUCGGUGGAUGAAGAGAGGUUGGGUGAAAUUGUAACACACGAACUUGUACCGGGUGGAAAAGCUAUUCCAGUUACCAAUGAGAAUAAAAUAAACUACAUUCACAUGAUGGCCCACUUUCGCAUGCACACGCAAAUCAAAGAUCAAACCAACGCGUUUAUUAAAGGCUUCAGGGCUAUCAUCAAUCCUGAGUGGCUUUCACUGUUUUCCACUCCAGAGCUGCAGCGUCUGAUCAGCGGCGAUAACGUGCCGCUGGACCUGCGCGACCUGCGGCGCCACACACAGUACUACGGUGGCUUCCACGACUCGCACCGCGUCGUGUGCUGGCUGUGGGACGUGCUGCAGCGCGACUUCACCGAGCACGAGCGCGCCAUGUUCCUCAAGUUCGUAACGUCAUGCUCCAAACCUCCCGUACUUGGAUUUGCACAUUUAAAGCCACCUUUCUCCAUACGUUGUGUUGAAGUGGGUGACGACGAGGAUACAGGCGACACGAUUGGUAGCGUCAUUAGAGGAUUCUUCACGAUUAGAAAGAAGGACCCGCUGAACCGUCUCCCCACCUCAUCGACCUGCUUUAAUCUGCUAAAGCUGCCCAACUAUCAAAAGCGGAGCACGCUUCGCGAUAAACUACGCUACGCAGUCAACAGCAAUACAGGCUUUGAACUCUCUUAGAUCAUCUUGUAUCUCCUGAUGUUUGAAUUUCAAUGCAAGUUUAUGAACGAGUAUUUUUAUGCUCAAAAGUUUUCACCAGUUUCAAGCCAAUGAUUGUAGUUUUGUUAAUUUUUGUAUAUUUAUUUAUUUCCAUUCCUAUAUUUCAGAUAAAAGAGCGUUACUAUUUACUAAUCUUAUUUAUUAUAAUUUCCUGGAAAUAUUAGGAUAAGAAUAGUGGUUAUUUAAAAAAAAUUGAAUAUUUUCUUGCCUGUGUCAAAUGCUAAGAGAGGCUGACAUAAUAUAUCCGAAUUAAAAAACAAAACCGGGGUAAAAAAAUGCAAAAUGUAAGAUGCAUUAAAACUAAAAACAUAAAAUGGAGGUGUAGGACUUUAAAUUACCUAAUAAUUGUGUGUUUAUAAAAAAAAAAUAUUUUCACACUGUCUUUUCGACGCGAUCUCACAAAAUGUUUGAUUAAAAUCACAAAUAAAGUAUAAAAAUGGUUUAUAUAACUAUUCGUAACAUCGUGGCUUAUUCCAUUCACAAAAUGCUUAUUCGUCUCAUGUCGAUGCCAUACAAUAUUUUAUUUGUAAAAGGCUGUGCCCUGAACUUUGUUCGCUACCAAACACUUUAAUUUGCAUAGAACGCUAAUGUAGUGGGGACUGCGUUUACAGUAAAUUGGCGAGCUAGCCACAUCAACAUUACUUUAUCGAAUACUGGAUUAUCGAUUUUCUUCUUAAAAUAACAGUUUUAUUCACUCAUGAAGGAAUAGUGUCCACCGAAGAAUAAAUGUGAUUUAAAAAAAUAAGCAGUAAACACUCCCUGUUUUUUUAACAAUUACAAAAAAAUAGCGGCCAGUACUGUUGAUUAUUUUAGGUAUCUUCAUUCUAUUAAAAUAUAUACUGUAAUGCUCAAGUUAUUUUUGAGAGGGUUGUGAAGCGAUUUGCGAUUUCACAUGUUCCCAAUAAAUUUUAUUCCUCAGACAUGCAUGUUUCCAUAAGGUGUUUUUUUCUGCGUUUUCUUGAUAAAAUUUUAAAGAAAAACCGUCUGUACCAUAUAUUUACAUAGGUAGAUAAACAAAUAAAAAUUGAUAAUGUAGGGAGAACUUGUAUUUGAAUUUGGUCGUGCAAAAUACAUAAUUUAUACAACAUGAUAUGCGUAAAUUUCACUAACCAUAGCUUUCGUUCUUUGUUGCCAGUGCAACACAUCCCCUUAAAUGGAUUUCAGUAGUUUUAAACAAAGACGCAAUCAUUAGUGGUCUAUGCUUUAUAAUGUCCUGGCAUUUUAUAAUUCAUGGACAUCUAAAAAUUGAUGUUUUCUUUUUCAAUGAAACAAGGAAUUCUUAAUCCUGGGGUAUAUUAUCUAUAGUCUGUAUCAUUAAAUUAUUUCAAAUAUGUUUUAGCACGAGAUUUAGUUAUUCUUAGAGAGUUUGAGCACUGCAUUUGAAACCAGUUCCAUUAAACACAUCUAGAAAACUAGGUGCACUGCGUCCGAUACGAAUCCAAAAAUUGAGAUUCGAAAGUUUUGGUCAUUAUGGCUGUUACACAUAACGCUUAUGUCUCGUUAUGUGUCCUCUCAAUCAUGUCAACCUUUUACUGGGUGGUAGAGUUUUCUCUGCCGAGGAGUUCGUCUGGGUGUGUUCCACCCUGAGCCCAUAUCUGCAGCCUAAUAGCAAUACACGCACCGCUGUGUUCCAUUCUGAAGGGUGUAGAGAGCCAGUACAAUUACAGGUUGUCAGGCAUUCCAUCUUAGUCUUUAGUCCCCAACGCAUCUGUAGCCGUCUUUGUUUAUAAUUGGCUGUAGGUGUCCAUGGGCGUCAGUAGCCACUUGCUAUCAGUGAGUUGAGGGACUGUAAGUUGGUUUGUCAUUUCAGUUUAAAAAAAAAAAGGAAUUUUGUUAAAGUAGUUGCGGCUAUAUUGAGCGAUGGACUUUGGGUGCGUUGUGUCGGUAGUUACGUCGCAAUAGACCGUUUAUCGAAAUGCGUUUUUCUUUUUCUUUAUUUACUUGAAACCUACCACUUUUUACUAAUUUGAGCUAUUUAUUCAAAAUAUUUCUUAAAUUUUAUAAUCAACACAUUGAUAUCACUGAAAGUUAUUCCAUACAGAAUCUGGCUUACAUACUCUAUUUUUGUAAAUAACCAAAAGGAAUUUUAAAGUUAAUCCAGUCCAAAUAUGUAACGAUGUAAAUAGAAUAUGUUAUUUAAUCUUGUGUCUCUAUUUUGAAUUAUCUGUACAGACAAAAUUUUAGCUGAUAGUUUAGUCAGUAUGAAUAUACCAUUGAAACUUAGCUGUAAGGAAAUUAGAAUGUGUGUACUCUUAUUGGAUCGUUUAUGUAUAUUAUAUUCCUUUAAAUCUCGCUCCAUUCUUCUAUCAUUCAAUUUAAUGAAAUCUUUAUAUCGUUAUUCAUCUAUUAUUAUUAAUACGUUGCUAAAAUAUAUAUUUCGUUUCAUCAAGUUAUAUCAAUUUUGUAAAUAUUGCCAUAAUCAAACUAUCAUAAUAUUACGUUAAAUUACAAAUUUAUUUUAUUUUUGUGUAAUUAUUUUAGCCGUAUUUUGAUCAUUUGUUUCUGCACAUAUAUAUUACACGUAAUCCUAUUUCGACGAUUUCGAAACAAACCUUACAAUAAAAUGCGAUAAUUUUUACGAAUAUUUUAGUAGGAGUGUAUUGCAACAUGUAAUUAAAUACAAAAUACUUAAGUGUUAUCAUUUGAGCCUUAUUAUUGUAAACACACUUGCAGCACUAACUCCUAUAAAGGUAUAUUCUGUGUAUAGUUUAUUAUAAACUUUAUUUAAUUUUUAAAAUUUUAAUUUGAUUAAAAUGUUAUAAUCAGUAAACUGAUAGUAUUUUGCAGUAACAUUUCAAAUGGUAACUUAGUUGUUCAAUGUUAAUAUAAUAUGUAUAUACCUAAAAUUAUUAAUCAACGUCAUAUUGUAAGGAGUAUUUUAUACAAGCCACGUACGUAAAUAUGUUGUAUAACACAAUGUGAUUCUCUGUGAUAAAAUGAUUCGGUAUUUAU